AGCCAUGACACAAGGAAAUGACACCAAAGUCGCUGACUUCUAUCUUCUAGGAUUUGGGGUCCAGCAUGAUACUCAGUGUGUCCUCUUCAUUGUGUUUCUCAUCAUCUAUGUGACAUCCAUGGUGGGUAACACUGGGAUGAUCCUCCUCAUCAACACUAACUCCAGACUUCAGACCCCCAUGUACUUCUUCUUACAACAUCUGGCUUUUGUUGAUAUCUGUUACACAUCUGCCAUCACUCCCAAGAUGCUUCAGAACUUCAUAAUAGAAGAUAAAUCAAUAACUUUUAAGGGAUGUUUAAUACAAUUAUUUAUUUAUGCAAUAUUUGCAACCAGUGACUGUUACCUCCUUGCUGUUAUGGCAGUGGACCGUUAUGUGGCAAUCUGUAAGCCCCUUCGCUACCCCAUAAUCAUGUCUCGACAAAUCUGUAUCCAGUUGGUAGCUGGUUCUUAUCUCAUGGGAUCAAUAAAUUCCUCAGUACACACAGGAUUUACAUUUUCACUGUCAUUCUGUAAGUCAAAAAUCAAUCACUUUUUCUGUGACAUUCCACCAAUUGUCACUCUUUCAUGCUACAACAAUGACACUAACUUCAUGCUAAUUUUAAUUUUUGUUGGAUUUAACCUGACAUUCACUGUGUUGGUCGUUAUUUUCUCCUACAUAUACAUCAUGUCUGCCAUCCUAAAGAUGUCUUCCACUGCAGGGAGGAAGAAAACCUUCUCCACGUGUGCCUCCCACCUGACAGCAGUCACCAUUUUCUAUGGAACCCUAGCUUACAUGUAUCUACAGCCUCAUUCUGACAAUUCUGAGGAGAAUAUGAAAGUGGCCUCUGUGUUUUAUGGCAUUGUGAUUCCCAUGUUGAACCCUCUGAUCUAUAGCUUGAGAAACAAGGAGGUAAAAGACGCUAUAAAAGCCACAGGGAAAAGGCUCUUUAAAUUGGAUUUAAAUUAUUAAAAUUCAGUAAAUCAUAUUCACAGUAGAGGUAUAUUAAUGCAGUUGAAAUUAAACUAGAAUAUC